AACAACGUCCGAUCUGUUGUGAUGCGAAUUCAAAUUUAGUUCUUCCAAAUUGUAAACGGCUGGCCGAUUGCAGGCAAUCGUUGAUUCUGAUCCUCUUUGUGUUGCAAGUCGUGCUCUCGCCGGCUGUACUUAAUUUGUCGGUUCGUCUCUAGAAUUUACCAUGGCAGACAGAAACAGAAGAAAAUCAUCCAUUCUAAAGCUGCCAAAAUCUAAUGCUCGAGCCCCAUUGCAAGAUGUGAACACGUUGGAAGUUAAGACCACCCUGGAUGAUGAUCUUACCUCGCAUACUGCACUUGCACGGCGAAGAGUAAGCUUCGCCGGGAAAAAUUUUGUCAAAGAGUUCUGCUCCGAAGCUGAUAUAGUGUCAGUUUAUCAUGCUCCAGAAUAUGAGGAAUUGCUCGCCUCUGCUGAAUCGUCAGGAUUGGUGACCAGUGAUAGUUCAAAUACACACUCUAGCACCACAAUUAGUGAAAAUAACAGCACUUUUGGAUCAAGAGCACAACUUUCAGCCUCUAAAUCAGUGAGCAUCCAAGAUGAUUAUGACCCUUGUGAUGAAAUCAUGCUACAAUUUAAAGGAAAAAAGGGACCUCAGACUCAGGCCCAGAAACCUUCUGGUAAAACAAGACUCAGUUUUGGUGAUAUUUGCAUUCCAAAGUUUGAAUCAGAAGAUGCUCCACCUCCCGCUGUUGAGACAUCUACAAGAAACAUAAAAACUUGUUCAUCUCACAAGAAGGCGGAUGCUCAAGAAAAUUAUUUGAUGGCUGGAACUAAAACUUCGAAUCCUAUUUUGGGAGCACAUUUGUGUGUCAGGAGCAAAGUGUUCAAUUUGCUUCUCAAACUAUCAAUCAUUGUGUCCAAGAGCACCAAACUGUCAAUAAAAGACAGAACCGAGCUUCGAAGUGUCCUCAUUGGUUCUGGAGAAGAAAGAAAACCAGAAGUCAAGAGGUUUUUAUUUGAAGGAGGAGUAGCACAAUCAGAAUAUGAAGAUACUUCGCCUUCUUUGGUGGGAUCAUCAGUUCCGACCCCAACAAUGGAAAACUCUGUGUUUGUGAGCCAAACAAAUCUCGCUCAUUCUGCAUCAGAAGCACCUAAAAUAGGCAUUGAGCAUAUGAACAAUGUGGACUGUGGCCUUGGUGAUACUACCCAAUGCAUGAAUGAAUCUAUGGAUUUCACAAAAGCUGUCCCGGGAGUUAUUCACAUUGGAUGCUUGGAGAAUCCAGUGGCCGAUGACAAUAAAAUACAGCUUGAGCCCAUUAGACAGUCUUUGCCACAUUCCAAGACUCAGAUAAUGUGCACUUCAAUGGAAUUUACACAAGCGUUGCCAGGAAAUAUUCAGACUGAUUUUCAGCAUGGCAACAACCCCUUUCCAGAUAAAAGAGAGAAUGAAAUACGCUACAGCAACAAAGCCAAAAGUACCGCUACAAAGCCUUCAGGUCCAGUGCCAUCUGAAAUUCAAGUGGGCUUUCCAAUUGAUAGAAUUACAGGAGUUCUCCAAACAGAGAAGGAAGCAGUCAAUCAAACCAUAGCAAUGGAUAGUUCUAUGGAAAUGACAAAACCUUUGCCUUCCAAUAUCCAAGUAGGCUUUGCAUCCAAUGACAUUGGAAUUCUACCCAAGGAAGGUGGAAUGGCGAACUGCACUACGGCAAUGCAUACUUCGAUGGAAAUGACAAGACCUCUUCCUUCCAAUAUUCAAGUAGGCUUGGCGUCAAAUGAUAUGGCUGGAUUUCUACACAAGGAUGGUGGAGUGGCCAACUGCACUGUGGCCAUGCAUACUUCGAUGGAAAUGACAAGACCUCUUCCUUCCAAUAUUCAAGUAGGCUUGGCAGCAAAUGAUAUGGCUGGAAUUCCUUACAAGGAAAUUGGUAUGGUCAACCAUACCAUUGCAAUGGAUACUUCAAUGGAAAUGACGAAACCUCUUCCUACGAAUAUCCAAGUAGGCUUGGCAUCAAACAAUAUGGCUGGAAUUCUGCACAAGGAAGGUGUAAUGGCCAACUGCACUACGGCAAUGCAUACUUCGAUGGAAAUGACAAGACCUCUUCCUUCCAAUAUUCAAGUAGGCUUGACGUCAAACAAUGUGGCUGGAAUUCUGCACAAGGAAGGUGGAAUGGUCAACUGCACUACGGCAAUUCAUACUUCGAUGGAAAUGACAAAACCUCUUCCUUCGAAUAUCCAAGUAGGCUUGGCGUCAAAUGAUAUGGCUGGAAUUCUGCACAAGGAAGGUGGAAUGGCCAACUGCACUACGGCAAUGCAUACUUCGAUGGAAAUGACCAAACCUCUUCCUUCCAAUAUUCAAGUAGGCUUGGCAGCAAAUGAUAUGUCUGGAAUUCCAAACAAGGAAAUUGGUAUGGCCAAUGAUACCAUUGCAAUGGAUACUUCAAUGGAAAUGACAAAACCACUUCCCUCCAAUAUCCAAAUAGGCUUGGCGUCAAACAAUGUGGCUAGAAUUCCUCACAAGCAAAGUGGUAUGGCCAACCACACUGUUGCAAUGGAUACUUCGAUGGAAAUGACAAAACCACUUCCUUCCAAUAUCCAGGUAGGCUUUGUGUCAAAUGAUUUGGCUGGAAUUACUUUCAAUGAAGACGGUGUAGCAAAACCCUCUACCAGUUUCAAAGAAGAAUUUGAUAAGGAUCAAAAAGUUCAGAGCAAUUUUCUGCAAGGAAGUGUUACUAUACAUUCAUCAGACGCUCACGAACUGCCAAUGGGACACCCUUCUUUCGAAAUUGAAGACAGCUUUGUCCUGCCUGCCGACCCUUUCAAGUCCAAGCCUCUUCUUAAUUCCUCCCCUCCUAGGCAAAGUGGAAUUGAAGCUUAUCAAAGCUUAUCAAAGAAAGUUGCUGUUUCAUCUCAGGUUGGAGUGGAACACACUCAAAGCGGUAUGGGUUUGUCUAGUAUGUCUGACAUUAUUAGCCCAGUACCCAAUGAGCUCCAAGAGAAGCCUUUGUCUAAUACACGCAUUGGCGCCGAUCCUUUUAAGUCCAAAGUUAUUUCCAUUCUCCCCCACUCUGUACAAGCUGCUGUGGAAGAAGUGAGGAGCCUUGAAGUGCCUCUGAGGACAACUGCAAAUACUGAAUUGUCUCCAAGAACAAAAUCUCAUUUCUCUGUUUCAAAAUCUCCCAACAGUAUUGCUUUGAAGGCAGUCAGUGGGUCUCCAAUAGCCUCAACAAAAACUGAACAUCCAACUCCAUUCUUGGAUGUUUCCAAUCCAUUCAAAUCUAAAUCACGCCUUAUGAAUUCCCCAAUUAAACAUAGUAAUGAGUUGUCAGUUCAUGUAUCACCGAGCAACAAAGAAGCUGAUGGGCCAAAUUCUGAAGUAAGAAAUGAUGGUGCCAUGCAGCCCACCACAGCAACCCUCCUUGGUGACAUGAGUAGUCAUCAUCUUAUGAUAUCAGAUGAGCCUGAUCCAUUCCAAGAUGUUCCAAGUGUCAACAUGGAAAUUUCAGCCAGCAUCAACGAUUCUGGAGCAAAUCUGCUGCACACCACCAUUAAGAAUGCAGAAUUGACUCUGCAGCAAAUGCAUAGCCCUGAUUUGGAAGAAAUGCAGCCAAUUUCAAGAAACAAGGAAAAUAGUUAUUUGGUCAAAGCACUUGAAGAUAUGGAUUGUGAUCCUUUCCCGUCUGAAGGGGCUAGUUCGGCACUAUUGCCUUCCAAUGAAGCGAACUCUUGUCUCAGUCAUCAAAUUGCAAGUCCGGAAGAUGAAGGAAGUAUCAACAAAAAAUCAACAAGGGAUGACACUGACAAAAUUGAAGGCAUACAAACUGCCAAACGUUCCAGAGAUCAUAGUUUAGAUUGUAGAGGAGUCGAUCCUAAUACUUCAGAUGAAAGUUCAUCAUCUAAACGAUUGUGCAAAUAUAGACCUGUUGCUGUGAGUAAGGAGUGCAAAGAAACUUUUAAUGGCACCUUUGGCUCCGAUCUGUCAGAAAAAAUGUCUAGCAGUUCCAGUUCUAAUCAAAAUUGUAGCAAUACGUCAUCAGAUGAGCAUUUUCGAUCUGUUGAUGAUAUUGUUUCGAAUCCCAAGUUGUGGAUUGCAAUGAAAAAGGGGGAAGACUUGUGGUCUUUCAGUUUUACUCACAUGUGUUUUGAGCUGGAAGUUCAUCUCAAGAUGUCUUCUACCGCUGAAGGGAUUGUAGAAGGCAGCCAUGGACGUUUCCUUUGGAAUGUUUCAGAUUCUACAAAACCCAUUAUACGCUGGGGAAUGAAAAUAUUAAUGGAUAAACUGGAUACAAAAGAGUGGGAUUCUCUCUUGUACCAUUCUCCAAAUUUUCUCAACACAAUGCAAAAGCUAAGAAGCACUGUUAUUGACAUCAAGAGUUUCCUUGCAGAAGCUAUUGCUCAAGAGGGAUUGCUAAACUUAGAAUACACACCGAACAGCUUCUCAACGCUUAUAAUGAGUUUUAAAUUGCACUUGUGCUUUCAAGUGACUGUAGAGCUUGACCUUUUGGAGAGAUUCACUCCAGACCAUAUUACAGUGUUAAACAUUUUUGGAAAAGUAAGGGAACAGGAGGUGAAAAAUCUUGUCACAGGGGUCAAGAAGGAUAAAUUUUUUGUACGCAAUUACAUAAGAGAUAUUAAGGAUUAUGUUGUCACACUGGAAAGCUUUUGUAAAUAGAAGUUGUGUUACGUGAAUUUGACUUAAGAUCUCAAUACAGCCUUUACAGUUCAGACAGUAUUGGGCCCUUGUUAUCCUAUGUAUUUUAAAUUUCUUUCUUUCUUAAAUCGAAUUAUAUGCACCAUGUAUAUAGUGUAAUUUUAAACAGAAAAUAUGUUGAGCAGUUGAUUUUUUUGAUGCUAUUUUGUAUUCAGUCUGAACAGUUUUGGAGCUUGGUUACAAUGCAUGAUAAGUGACGUCAUAAUUGAAAUAUAAUUUAUUUGUUUUUUACUUA